AAGUCAUUGACAAACAAGAGGAGUCAAAAUACAAAGAGAGGAAAAAAUAGGGAAAAAAAACACGUUUCAAAUGGCAAUGAGAUCAGCACUGAGUCGAUUCAACAGUGCGACGCGGUAUCGAUCAAUGGAGUCAACUCGUGGUGCGAUUCGGUACUUGAGCGAUGAUAAGGGUCGGAUCCUGAGCGAGGAGGAACGAGCUAAGGAGAACGUUUACAUCCAGAAAAUGGAGAGGGAGAGGCUGGAGAAAAAGAAGAAGGCUGAGAAGGAGAGGGCAGAGAAAGAGAAAGAGGGUACUCAGAAGGUAUGACUGCAACACUGAAGAGGCUCACAAGGGUUGACUGGAUAAUCUGUAGUACAUUAUGACUCUUUGCUUUGAAAGUGAUAAUGACAAGUACUGCAAAUAAAUGUUGUGAAUCUUGACUCUUGAUGAGACUGCUUCUUGUAUAGGGUGUGACUCUUUCUGAUAUCUAAUCUCCGAGCUAGUUGCAGAUAAUCUUAUUUUAUGUGGUUGUUAAUCAGUUGAGAUGCCUUUUUUAUUUACUUGAAAUAAAAUUGGUUUGUCACUCAUGCUGCUGCUGGUGGAUUCGUUGCAAUCUUCUUUUUGCUUCACUUAUUGAUAAUUAUGAUGAAAAUGCUGCUGAUAGUUUGAAUAUAGCAGUUCACAUUUUCUGUAA